AAACUCCAACACAAAAUGCCCGAAAAGGACCCCUAUCCCACCUUAUAGCACAAGGCUUUUCUUCCUCCUCUUCAUUCUCACCCCCAAUCAAGAAUUUCGCGUUCCACAGCAUUGCGUGGCUCAGCUUGAUGCAUUUUACUGUACCAGAAUUCCUGGGGUCCUCAACCCCUCAUUCGCUACCGUCCUGCCUGCCGACGAUCACUGAGGUCAUCCUAGCGGUCAGCAGCGUCUGUAAUUCGCUCCUCUCUUUUAUCUUCUCCGCUAUGCAAUUGUAUGGAGGGAUUGAUAGGUUCCUGUUACAAAUUCUGGUGGACGGAGAGCUGAACUGCUGGGGUUGGGGGAGGCAACGCGGUGGAUAUGAUGUCGGGAUAGCGGGGUCCCUGGAAGGGUUAGUGACAACGACGCUGAUAUGGACCUUUCUUGGGGAUUGUGAUAGUAGAAUUGCGAUCUGCCGGGUAUGUUGUUCCUCGUCCGUCAUGUUAUAUACUCUCUGUUCUUGCUCUUUCUUUUUACAACAGUUUGCAACGCAAUCCGAAGCUUGUGCAAGCCUACGGGAGGUAGUCACUGCUCCAUGCUUCAGCAAUUAUAAAUUCUUCUACCACCAGCAACAAGUACAUCUCUCUCUCUACGCAACUCCAAGCCUUUGCAGACACAUUCUCCAGGCUCAGCACCGUCCCUUUAUACCACAAGCAACAAGCGCAACUCUUUUCCGCAGACGGACCAAGCACAAAUGCAAAUGUUAUACGGCCUAAUAAACAUCCCCGAUUUCCGGCCCUCGCAAGCCCAUCCCCUCCACCGUGCCAAACGCAAGGCAAUCGAGAAAGCGAACCCACGUUUCGACCUCAAGGAAGCGGGCUUGAAAGCCGCUG